CUGGUAUAAAAAAAAUUAAUUUUUCUGUUUCUUGAAAUACUGUAUGUGUGUACAUACGUAUGUACGUAUGUGUGUAUAAGUGUGCAAUUUAUGUAGCGCCCGAAGUAAAGUCUUAUCUCUGAAGAUCUGUUUAAGUAUGGAAUAUUCAAUUCAGUUUGCGUCAAAGCGAGAUUAUUUUCUACUAAAGAUGAAUUAUCAAACAUUUCGUAAGCGCAACUACAAACUGUGUUUACAAGGAUGGCAGUUUUAAAUUAGCGUUGCAGCAGAUAAGACAAGUGGAAAUAAUUUAGUGAUUAUAAGCAUUUAAAUACAUAUAUAUAUUUAUACCUUAAUACACAUACCUACAGAAAGCCACAAUUUUAUUUUUAUUUCGAUUGAAAUGUUCGGUGUGCAUAAUAUUUUUUCUCAUCGACGAGUGAUUAGUACGAUUAAUUUAAAAUCGGUCUUUCUGAUAUUGAACAUUUGCGACUGGGCAUUAAUAUCUGCUAUAAAUGAUACAAAACUAGAUGCAAAGAAUUUGGAAUAUCUCAAAUACGUUCCCGAUGAGGAUUGGAGAUCUUAUUUAGACUUCGGAAUCGAAUUUGUAAAUAAACAGAAGAGAUGUUCACCGGUGAUGAGCUGAUAUUGCCAAUGUCGUUGAGUAAAAAAAUGCACUGUCUGAGUUUCAAUAAGAACAAACAAAAGUUGGAGGAUCGAGAAAGAAAUUUAGCAGUGGUACAGUGGGCACAAUUUAUUGAGCAUGAUCUCAGUAAACCUGUAGUUACUUCGAUGGGGGAUGGAAGCCAUAUUGAAUGCUGUAAUAAAAAUAACUUUGAACUGGGUCCACGACAUCGUCAUCCUUUUUGUGCGCCUCUGAUAAUAAACAGUGGAGAAUCUUUGUACGGCAAAGCCGAUUGCUUGAAUUAUGUGCGGAGCGCUGUAGCUGUCAGUACAAAAUGUACAUUCGGUGCAAUAGAACAAUUAAAUCUAGCGACAUCCGGUUUAGACCUUUCACAACUUUAUGGUUUUACACAUGAAGCACAAAAGCAAAUGCGUUUAUUGCAAAAGGGUCAAAUAAAAAGCAGUGCAAAUGGUAGCCUAUCAGAGAUUUACACUGAUAAACUGCCUAAGAUAAAUGACAACGCGAUCCACUACUGUGCUUUUGAAAAUUAUUCCAAUCAAACCGGACACUGUUUCAUGGCGGGAGAUUCCCGCGUUAACAAUAAUCCGCUUACCAUCGUAAUUUAUACAAUGUUUAUGAGAAACCAUAACCAAGUAGCCAAAAAUCUGGCUUCAAGCUAUCCACUAUGGAACGAUGAGGACCUUUUCCAAACUGCAAAAGCAAUCAACAUACACAUCUAUAGGAAUAUUGUAUUUGACGAGUGGUUGCCUAUUAUAUUGGGUGAAGAUACUGUGGUGAAAAUAAAGCAGGGAUCCCUUAGUAAGGCCCAUGAAGAGGAUGACAGAGUUUCAAAUGAAUUCGCUGUCGCCGCCAUACGAUUUUAUAUUUCGAUGCUGCCGAAUGUCUUAAAUAAUUCAACUGGAGCUAAGCGCCUGGAAUACAAUACAACCAACUCUUCAUUUGGUCUAACUAGAAAUAUCCUUCCCAGCGAAAAUGUAAUAUCAUUGAUUGAUCAAACAUACAAACCUAAAUUGGAAUAUACGUCCAAGAAAAUCGAUGCAUUAAUCGAAUCCAUUUUAAAUCAACCUGCUAUGAAACUGGAUACUAUAUAUGAUGACAGU